AUUCACGUAGUAUAAUAAGGAAACACCUCUUCUGCAACGACCAGAGCAGCCAACGGCCAAGACAUCUCUUCCCUGGGAUCAAUUUUGGAUUAUACUGCUCUUGGAGAUGCCAGUUUUUCUUUCUGUUCGGACCCUUGCCCCAUUUAUUCCUCAACUCAUUAGAGAUAUCGGAGUCACUCACGGAGACGAAUCCCAGGUUAGCUACUAUAUCGGCAUUCUUCAACUAUCAUCCUCUGUAGUGCAUACCCUGACUGUUUUUCAUUGGAGUCGACUGUCCGACUACAUCGGGCGGAAACCUGUAAUACUGACAGCUUUAUUAGCACAUGUUCUUUCGUUGUUUUCGUAUGGGCUGUCGAAGACCUUCCUUGGUCUAGUGGUAGGUCGUGUCGUCUGCGCAGCAUUUGAUCCGGGCGAUGCUGUCAUCAACACCUUGCUGAUGGACAUUACUGACGCAACCAACAUGCCCAAGGCAUACAGUUAUAUGCCAAUUCCGGUGAUAAUCGCAACCACGGUUGGAUCACUCAUUGGGGGAUUGCUCUCCCGACCAGCAGACAGAUUCCCCAACAUCUUUGGCCGAUCAGAACUGCUGAGAACCUACCCAUAUCUCCUGCCAUGCUCUAUCUCGGCAUUUUUCAUAUCGAUAAUUUGGCUAGUCGUGUAUAUUUGUCUUAAAGAGAGCGUUUCCACCAGGACACCGCUUCGGGAGCUAGUUGAAGGAGGAUUCUUCGGACAAUCAUAUUCGAAGUCUCGCCAGUCAUCCAGCAAUGGUAUAGCCAAUCCUGCGAAUCCUGGAGAAGCGCAAUCAAAGCCGCUUCCGCUGCGUGCCUUGCUAACCUCAAAAGUGUUGAGCGUAAUGGCAAGUUAUACCACCAUGGGCCUGUUUCACAUGGCAUUCAGUUCUAUCUUACCUAUUUUCUAUGCGACACCGAUUGAACUUGGUGGUCUUUCCCUUGACCCUCCUCGCAUCGGUGCUUUACUUGCGGCAUCAGGUAUCAUACAAGGCAUAUUCCAGCUGCUUUUAUACGCUCGUUUACAUCACCACUUCGGUGCAAGAACUAUCUACAUCACCGGCGUUAGCUCCGGCAUACCCAUCGUCAUUUUAUUCCCAGUGACCAAUGCUCUGGCUCGAGCAUAUGGAAUAGGCAUGGCAGUGUGGCUGUGUGCUGCCAUUCAGCUUACGCUGAAGACUAGCUUGAUCAUGUGCUUCCCCUGCCUGACAUUAUUCAUCAGAGCAGCUGCUCCCAAUCGCGCCUCGCUCGGAGCAACCACUGGAAUCGCGCAGGUGGCUCUCGCAGUAGGAAGGAUCGUUGGCCCGGCGUCUGCGGCUUCGGUCUUCUCUUAUUCAUUGCAGGAAGGGCAUGAUGCGUGGUUGAUAUACUACUUCUUGAUCGCAAUUGCACUUCUCGCUGUAGGUACUGGUCUAUUGCUUCCCCGUGACCCCAGUGUAUGGGAAGAUUCCCAAUAAUAUUAUCGCGAAUGACUUGUGUCUAUUGACCUCCAUUGUAUUCAUCGAUCGCUUGCACUAGUGUUUGUGAACUCAAACCCUGAUCCUUCGAUGGUGUUUCCCAGCCAUCACUUCUGGACGCCUUUCCUAACGGAACAAUCUCGUAUUUCUUCGAUCAGGUCACCCCAUUGCUUGUAGCAGACUCUUCAACAGAUAAUCCCCAGCCCCCCAUAGCAAUUUCAACAUUCGCCACGCUUGCUAAACG